CAGCUGAUCGGCUCAGUGCUGCGAGGCUUCCCAAGCGACUCAGAUCGGCGGAGAAUACCCCAUUAUAUAGCCCAGUCAGCGGAGACAGUCACCCCAGUCGAAACUCGAGGGCCGCCAGAGGAACCAACGGCACGGGCACACUCGAGACGGAAAGACAGUCGAUAAGAUUAACGUCAACUUAAUUAAAACUAACGGAAAGCCAGGCACCAAACAAACGAUCCACCGAUCGCAACUCGAUCGUAACUCGAAUACAAAGUCUUAGUCUUAGAUAAUACGGAGAACAGCCCACUCGAGUGGCGCUCGCUCAAGUGAUUUGUGAUUGUGGUUCGGCGAAGAGCUGAGAAGUGUGUGAUUUUCGUUUGGCCAGUUUGUGAUCCCGCCGCUCCUGAAGGAUCCUGCCAUCGUAUAAGAUGUACGUGGCCAACACCACCGGCGGCCUGAUGCUGCAGACCAUGCUGUACCUGGCCAACCAGACCAGUCGGGCGGCCGUCAACACCCUGGUCGACCUGCCGCCAGCCCCCAAGAGCGACAUCAACGAGGUGAAGUGCUUCGGGGUCUACGGCUGCUUCCCCAUCAACGGGCCAUGGAACACGGUGACGCGUUCGAUCAACGUGCAUCCGCAGAAGCCCUCGGAGAUCGAGCCCCACUUCACGCUGCACCUGCGCAAGGAACUGGAUCAGCCCAAGUACCUGGACCUCAACGAUCCGGACGCCAUCCAGGGCUUCGGCAUGGAUCCGAAGGGCAAGAUCUUCCUGCUGGUCCAUGGCUAUCUGGAGUCGGGUGAGAUCCCCUGGAUGUGGGACAUGGCGAAGGCUCUGCUGGCCCACGAGCCGGAGGGUCGGGCGGCCGCUGUCCUCAUCGAUUGGGGCGGCGGCGCCAGUCCUCCCUAUGUCCAGGCGGUGGCCAAUAUCCGGCUGGUGGGCGCCAUCACCGCCCAUGUGGUGCACAUGCUGUACGAGGAGCUGCGACUGCCCAAUCUGGACAAUGUGCACAUCAUUGGACACUCACUGGGCGCCCAUCUGUCCGGCUAUGCUGGCUAUCACCUGCAGCACGACUUUGGCCUGAAGCCGGCCAGGAUUACGGGCCUGGAUCCGGCUGCUCCCCUGUUCACCGACACCGAUCCCAUCGUGCGGCUGGACAAGACGGAUGCCCACUUCGUGGACAUUGUGCACACGGAUGCCAAUCCCCUGAUGAAGGGCGGACUGGGCAUCAAUAUGCGGCUGGGCCACGUCGACUUCUUUCCCAAUGGCGGCUUCGAUAAUCCCGGCUGCAACAAGAAGUUCCAGGAUGUGGUCAAGAAGAAGACGCUCUUCCUGACCAUGCAGGAGUUCCUCGGCUGCAAUCACAUCCGCAGCCAGCAGUAUUUCACGGAGAGCAUCGGCUCGCAGUGCCCUUUCCUAGGCAUCACUUGUGAUUCCUUCGAGAGCUUCAAGGACACGAAGUGCACCAGCUGCGAGGAGCCGGGCCACACGUGCCUGCGAAUGGGCUACCACAGCCAGGAGGACUACCAGGAGCAGGUGGAUCUCGGCCAGCUGCAGCAGGGCGAGUCGCCAGGGGUUUUCUACCUUUGGACCGGCGACAGUAAGCCCUUCUGCCGGCUGCACUACAGGAUUACAGUCCGAGUUUCUGGACACGAUGAGAGCACUCUCCAUGGCGGCGAGGUGGGCAUCCUGUCCAUACAACUCCACGAUGCCCUGCAGAAGAGGGGGGGCAAGAGGGAGCGAGUCGCCACGGAGAUGAUGAAGUUCUCCCCGAAGGCCAUGUACUUCGAGCCGGGCUACGAGUACAAGGCCCUCGUGGCUGGAAGGAAUCUCCGGGAGCCGGAAUACGCCACCGUCAACUGGGAGUAUCCCACGAACAUACUGAACCCACUCACCUGGCGCAUCCUUUCGGCGCCGCGAAUCUACUUGGAGUACAUCCUCAUCGAGGCCAUGGAGUCCAGUGAGCUCUACCUGAAGUUGUGUCCCCAGCACGAGGGAUCCAUUCUCGCCGGAGCCGAAAACGUCCUGCGCACCAGCUACUGCAAGGAUUAGCUAUCCUAGCCCAUUUAACCGACAACCGACCAACCUUAGUAGUUCAUAAUCUAAUUGAGUAUGAUAUUGGUCUUAAAAACCCAAUAAUUUGCUAGCUAGUUUACCAAGCGCUUUUGAUAAACUAUCUGGUUAAUUAUGGUUUCACAUUAAUCAUUUCAUAUAAUUAAUUAAUUAUCUACUGAAUUUUGAAGUGCACGCAUAGAGAUAUUAUGAAUUGAUUCGCUUUGAUAAUUUAUUUGCUAAUUAAUUAAUUAGCUUUGGCAAUUACUUAGCUAAUUAAUUAAUAACUUACUGACCACUGCUUUAUGUAGAAACGAAAACCAAGCAGUGCAGGUUCGCGCCCACGCUUAUUUGUGUUCACAACCAGAACGGCGCAGGUGUUGAAGUUCGAAAAGUGUUCCCACUUUGCAUUGUAUAGCAACUGGCAAAGGGGGAACAGCUUGUAUUUUAUUAUAGUAUUUAAAUAGUUCGCGAAACGAAACAAUCAUCAAACCGUUAUUUAUUUUAUAAUCUAAUUUUUUUUUGAGUGUAUUAAAUGUAUUUUUAGUUGUAGUACAUUGAUGUAGCCUAAUUUAAUGUAAAUAAAAAUAUUUAAAGAAAA